GCAUCCAAUGCUACCGAGGCGGGGGACUUACGCAUGCGUGACUGAUUACCGAGUGGAACAGUCGUCUCCCAGAGCGUCACGGUUGAAGUUUACUAUCUCCUUCAGGACAACCGCCAGCCCAUCGUCUUCCAGCUCAACUCCUCCGUCGACAACGUGACGUUGAACUGCUCCCCCGAGCACGCGCCCGGCCUGCCCCCCAGGGUCACCUUCGCUUGGUACAACCUUACAGAAGACCCUGAAACCCUAUAUGGGAUGAUGGCCACCAACUCCUGCACAAACCUCUUCCCGCUUCAGAGAUGGGACAAGGACGAACCACAUACUAUGCAGUCGACACCUUUGAAUAACGGAGGAAUGACUUCGACAACCGGCUUGGAUUCUGUGUCUUUCAGGAAACCCUGCGACAAUAGGUCUUAUGCAGAUGUGUUGGGUCGUCUUCACCUAUUUGGACUUGCAGGACAUAUGAAAAACCACACCUAUGCAUGUAUGCUGACGUUGCCCGGAUGUAAUCUGUGGCGAGUGCACAGAAUUUCUCCUGUUUCUGUUCCUUUAGAUGUGAGUGCGGACGGCAUGACGAGUGCUGUCAGACUGGUGUACUCAAGUGAGACACAGACUGUGACAACAGUCGCUGGCACCUCCUUCGAACUAGAAUGCGUGUGCCUCAACAUCACCACUUCCUGUGGAAGAGCGUUCAGCGCCAGUCAGACCAACACUUCUUGGUCCGUCAUCCCGUCAACAGGUGCUUCGCAAAGCUUCAAAGACCCUUUCAGUCAACAUGUGAUCUUUUCAAACCUAACUGUAAACAACUUCAGUGUCCGCUGCGACUGUAAUAACACUUCAAAGAACUAUAGUGUCACCGUGGAAGAAAAGUUGUCCUGGAAAAACAAGAAUGGUUCGGAUAUUGAAAUACAGAAAUGUGAAAACGUGACACUGUCGUGUGAGACCUACCCAAGCCCGGGGUACGUGGAGUGGUUUGUGGACGCAGAGCUCGAUUUGAAUUCCUCAGAUACAAACAAUCUGACUGUCGACUGUACUGACAAGCCCCACAAAGCAGUUCAGUGCUUUGCGUACUCACCUUCUAGAAGCCAGUGCAUCAACCUCACGUGGUUUCUCUCGCAGAGCAACGAACCCGGCAAUGGUAAUGGCCAUGGAUUGUUCAUAUUUAUCGGUAUUGGCUCCUUCACUGCUUUUCUCAUCGUUGUAUGCAUCUUACUUAGGCGCCGUAGACUAAGGCGACUGCGACGAAAGAGGAACACUCACUCGACCUCAAGGGGGCCUGGAGUCAGCGAAGCAGAUGGAAAAACUGUCAACGUCUCGGUCAUCACCAGGCCUCAGCGCUACACUAGCUUUCCCCUGGCUCAGAACCAGUUCUCAGUUCGCCUUCGAAUCCAUGAGGUUAUCGGCGAAGGCAACUUUGGGCGAGUGUUCCGAGGCGAAGCCAAGGACAUCGUGGUCAAGGGCAGCUGGACGGACGUGGCCAUCAAGAUGUGCAAAGAAGACGCCACCGAUGCGCAACGUGAGGACCUGCUUAGGGAGAUGGAGUUGCUAAGCAACAUUCCCAGACACUCGAACAUCGUCACCUUUCUCGGCUCCACCAUCACCUCGGGAACGACCUUACUUAUAGAAGAGUUCGUCAACGGUCCAAACUUGCUCCACUUCCUGCGGAAACAUAGGCCAGACCAAAAAAAGCUCGGCCCUUCCAAGCCACUGAGCGAUCGGCCUCUUUCAGCUGAAGACGCCAUGAGGCCAUCUGGGGAGGAAACUCCCAGCAUAUUUCUAUUGUCUUGGGAAGAGUUAGCUUCCUUAGCAUUGCAAGUAGCAAAAGGGAUGGAGCACCUUGCUGCUUUCAAGAUUGUUCACAGGGACUUGGCAGCCCGCAAUGUUCUGGUGGAUGAGAACCGCGUGUGCAAGAUCUGCGACUUCGGACUGGCCAGAUUCCUAACUGACGACAACGUCUAUGAAAAGAAAUCGAAGAGUGCUCUCCCCAUACGUUGGAUGGCCCCGGAGGCACUGAAGCAUAACACAUACACUACUAAGUCUGACGUGUGGUCCUACGGAGUUGUGGUCUGGGAGAUCAUCACUCUUGGCGCGUGCCCAUGGCCCAAGCUAGCGGUCCAUGAAGUGAUCGCCCGCGUCAUGAACCAGGACCUGCUCCCCAAACCUGACCAUUGCAGUGAUGACAUCUAUAGCAUCAUGCAAGGAUGCUGGGAGAACGAUCCAGUCAAUCGGCUCACGUUUUCAAGAAUCCGAGCGAGAUGGGAAUCCAUGCUGGAACAAAAUGGAGAUUACCUGCAGCUCGAUCACAUCGACUACGAGAUGUACUCGGCACUCGAACCUUCCUCCGGGACGUCAACGCUCGAGCAGGGGUCUGAUGACUCAGUCGGGUUAGCUGACGUCAUCAGGAAGCUGCAGAAAGGGGAAAUGGUGAGCGGCGUUGAGAACCUGGCUAUGGAAGACGAUGCCAUAUCUUUGAAAGUGAUAUUUUAGUCAUAACCUGUAAAUAAAAUGGCCCAGGAAAAGACGAAAUGUAGCAAAGUCACAGAAAUCCUCACAGGAAAUUAACGUAGCAAAUUAUCGAAACCAUACCGCGCUGGUAAUCUGAGGUGAAGUUUACUGAAAAUAUCAUACUUUUGAGUUAUUAAUGCGUGCAAUAUUUUAUCAGUGGACACAGCCUGGGAUUAACUUUUAAGCACAUAGACAUUGUACUCCAGUCCUGCAGUCAGUCAUGUUUAACAAAUAAUUUUAGAUGACAAAUUAUGUACGUAUAUAUUUUGAACAUCAAUGAUCACAAAUUGAAAAUGUGAGUUUGAGUUUAAGCAUGCUGAAAUGUAAUUAUGAAAUGGUAAACAUAAGUCAUUCGCUAAACCACGGUGGCUAAACCGGAAGCUUUGUAACAACUAGCCUCGUUCUAGUAGAUGACUGAAAAAAAUCGUCUGCAAGCAGUCCACGGAUAUUAGUUCGUAGUCCAUCUAUAUAAAUCCGUGGUGACAUCAAGAAAAUACUGGGAAGAUAUUGAAUAAUCUUGACAAUCUGAAGAAAUGUUAUCACAUGAAACUGCAAGAGGGUGAUCAUCACUUCAGUAACGUUUAUUCAAUGCAGCUCAAGAUGAGAAGAGUGAUGCACGGCGGAAUGGAAUCCAGCCAACAGAUCGAAACAGUUCACACUUGAAUUAACCCUACAGUCAGUCCUGUUGUGAUGUUACAUAACAUGUCCAACAAUGAUUCGCUUUAGAAUCUUGAGCUUUAAAAUGCCCUUUCAGACAGGAAGGAUUGCUAAAAUGUAUCACGUGAUGAAAUAGAUACAUUUCAUUACAAUGUAAAUAUUUUUUAAGUGUAUAUUCUCUAUUUUAUCAGAAACCCAACCGUUUUGAUUGUUCAGUACAAAAAGUUGACAUGCUAAUGACAUUUCAUGCAUAUCACAUUAAAGACACUUUAAUGAAAUAUUUCAUGUACCCCACAUCAAGGAUUAUUUUUUAAAUAAAAAGCAUCAUUCCUGUACUGUAAUUUACUGUUGGAUUGGUUGUCCCUGCUGGCCCAUUCAAUCUGAAUAUGUUAAUUAGCUGUACAAAGUAAAAGACGGAAAAACGAAGGGUUCGCCCGGUAGCACAGUGGUAAUCACUACUUAAGUGAGGAUAGUACUGUCCUGGGCUUACAUCUCGUCUCGAGACCACACACCCUUCACUCACACAAAUAUCUCCUACGCGAGUCGAACGUUUAAACCAAUAUAAUUUAUUCAAUGUUUUUCACAUCUCUGUAUGAACUGUAUACAGAGAAAGACAGUAUCACAGGCAAAAACACGCAGCACAGUAUCCAGGCCCAUAGUUGAAGGUAUAAAUACAACUUCAGUAACAGUCUUCUAGGCGAGAGCAAGACUGUGACCGCUGGGUACCACCCAUACGUCACCUAAGGUGAAAGUUGAUUGGGGGACAAUCUGCUGCUUUAGUAUGUACAAAACCAUAUCAACACACUAGGACACGUAUCCUAAACUAUGCAUCUCAAGAAUGCCAAAGUUUGAAAAUGGUUAAAAACAAAUUUGUUAACAUCAAACUUUCAAAGCUAUGAUAAAUCGUAGACCAACAAUACCUCCCCACUUUCUUAUUCUCGUGAACAUAUUCCUGGACAGUGAUGAUUAUGAUACAAAAUCCCCCAAAUAAAUUUCAUUUUCUGGAAAUAUCUUUAAGUACUUUUUAAUCCAGAUAUAAAGAUGGACUUCUCCCCACUCCAAAGAGAAGGCAGUAGAUUUUUCUUUUUUUAAAAACUCCCAAGGACUUGUUUAUGAAAACAUUUUCCUAAUCCUGCCUCUACCAGAUGAAUGCACGAUCACAGCCCUAAAGCUUCAUUAAUUGCAGGACAGACUACUUUUGGAAUGCACGAUUUUUUCCAUGCAGGAUGAUAAAGACAAUGAUAGUGGUGAUGGUACAAUGGCCUUGCUCUGGCCUACAAGACAUUCAGCACUUGAAACAAAAUUUUUUCUAGCACACUAGCAAAUGCCAACAAAGUAUGCAGUUUUGUAACUAAAUCUCUUACAGCUUUCUACUACUCUAGGAAUUUCUCUUUCACUUCCAAAACCUUUGGUCUUAAAAUCUCAGCAAUACCAAAACAUGAAACUUGCAAACAUGACAUAAUAAUGCAUGUACCAUUUUCAUAACUGCUGAUAUGCAUCUGAAGUCAGUGGUUUCUGGGGUGGGUGGGAAAUGCAUAAGUAUACAGAUAACUACACCAACCACACCUAAUACCAUUUGCUUUAAAUUCCUAACAGUCACAGUCACUUUGCCUGCUUCAAUUCACUCAUAUAAAGGCACUGAAUGAAAGGCAGCAAGCAACCAACAUACAUUUCUCACUCUUGUGUGCACAAUACUUUCCUCUAAUUUAAACCGUUGAGCUUUUUCACUACAGCCCAGUUCAGCUGAAAAUGCAACAUAAAUAACAGCAUGAACUUUCCUUAAAAAACAAAAUAAAAACAACAGAAACUUGUACAUGUUAAUGCAAGUUUAACACAUGGAAGCAGUCCAGGUGUGCAGAACAUUUCAGCACCUUUACCUAAGCCUGAGAACCUCCGUGGGGAGGAGAUGGUGGAGGAGACUAUGAGAAAAACAAACAACAAACACAAAAAAUUCUGAACAUAAUAUCAUUUAUGACCAUUUCCAGCACUUUCACAUACUUCCAUUGUCUUCAAACCAGCACAAGUCAGACAACUGCACUGUGUCAACGCAUAAAUGUGUGUGCAAGAGAGAGAUUCAACAUGUUAAAAAAAAAAUUAUCCUUUCAGCAAGCCCAAUCUACACCAGCUCUGUCCCUGUGCUCUGACAAGUUCAGUUAGAUAAAAGAGGAUAAUCUAGAAACAUCAAGAGAAAAGAAAAACUUACUUUUGAGGUGUUAGCUUCGAAUAAAUUUAAUUCUAAAAGUACAUCAAAUUAGAAUUUGUGCCACAUGUUGUUUGACAACAAGCCAGUUAACAUGAAGAAAACAACAUGCAUAUUUUUUUCAAGCUACUAAUGCCCUUGGACAAGAGAAAUUUAUACAUUUUUAACCACUUCUGUUUUGAAAGACAGGGGGAAGAAAAAAUGGUCAUUACACACAUAAAGGGGCUGGAGAAAGGAAAAAGUGAAGGGAUGAAUACUGCAAAGUUAGAUCUACAAGUGUGGCUUCUGUCUCAAGUGUAUGUGCUAUGAGAAACAAGAGUUUUACUUUGAAAUCCUUUGCAGUACUUUUCAGAAAAACUUCCAAUUUUUCAUUUACAAUAUUGGAAAGAAUGGCCACUUUUUGCCUUCACAACAAGAAUGGAAAAGUAUAAAAUUAAGAAAUCUACCAAAGAAGCCUUUUUUCAUGCAGUUACUGAGCUAAAGUCUGCAUAUGCAGAGCGUUGUGUAAUGAGAUUCUGCACAACCAAUGAAUGACAAAAGUACUUUAACAAGUUUAGAGCAGACAAUGAGGGUUUCCUGUGGAGUAACCCAUUUGCUUGGUAUUAGCAGUCUGGGCGAGUGGUUCAAAACUAACCAUGUUAUUUUUGUUGUUAAAAAUCACUAUUUUUUUCUAACGAUUACUUCUUAAAGUCACAAACCUGUCGUUAAUCAGAUAUUCAACAAAAUUCAAAGCAGUAUGAAUUCCUUUUUUUAAAAAAAGAAAUGACACAAAAAUAUAAUUUAGAGGCAUAUAAAAAGGUACAUGAAAAGUAUGCUCAUAGUGUACUUACACCAUGUGUCUAUGCCAAAAAAGUCACUAAAUUCUGUCAGUGAGCAAACAAAAAUAAAUAUUCACUUAUACUAUUGAGCUUAAAAAAAAAAAAUCCACUUUUAUACUUGCUUUUUGAGGAAAAUACAUAAAAAUGUUUCCUUCACAAAGUUUAUGAUGAUCUAGUAAUCAAUGCACAAAUACUCACUCCUUCAGGUAUAUUUUUUUAAAAGGUGGGAGAUUAUUAAAUUGAAUAAACACUAUAUUUAGAAUAGUAAGCUAACAAUUAAAGAUUAAUCCUGCUAACGCCCUGAACUGUAAAAUUACAGAAUGCUAUUCCUUUGCACUCAUUCUGCCCAAGCAUCAGGAAAUAAUUUUUCUUCUUAAACGACUAAAAGCACACAGUCUCCAGGUUAACGAACACCUCUUUACGUGACAAUCACUGAGCGGAGCACAGGAUUUACAAAACAAGAUGACUAUUUCACAUCAAUAGCAUUGGUGACAUUUGUGCUGACACAUUUCCUCCACCAAAACAUCCCCGUUCUUGCUGAAAAUUAGUUUACAUUUUGCUUACAACUCACUGUAUCCCAGAAAAUAUGUAUAGUCGACUGCAGGGUUAAAACCUUUGAAAAAAGAAUGCAAAAGAAUUAUAAGAAACAACUUGGAACAUCAAUGUCAAUCAUUCAAGCAGCUACCAACGCUUAUGCUAUUUUGUCUGCUUAGAGUUUUAGGUAACAUGCAUCCACACAUACAUCUGUUCUGCAGUUGUGAAACUAUACACUAUGUACAUUAAUGCCAAACAGGCGUUUUGAGACAGCUGUAGACAGCAAUGGACAGCCAAACUUUGGCGUCCUUGCUAAGCAGCAUCACUCCCAUGUGCUCUACAUGCACCUGCAAGAGUCCAAAGCAAGAAAGAGUUCUCUUCAUCUGGUCUGUGUGGAUGGGAACAUUAAGCUGGAUAAAACUGCUUUUACAGCUUGCCAGGAUUUGUCUUCAGCUAAUAUGGCUGUUCAGUCUAUAAUAUUUAAGUCAAAUGAGUGAUAUAUGGGUUUAAUGGCAAGUGACAGAUAUUAUGUCUAACAUAAAGGUCUCUAGAAUAGCAGAAGCAGUUACUUGUGCAUGAUGACAGUAACAAAUUGAUUUGUAUCAAGCAAGAUACACAUGCAGAUCAAAGGUCCUUCUGGUUGCCCCUUUGUUAAAUGUUUGGAGAUAAGAAAACAGAGGAAGAAAUAAGCAGGACAGUCUACACAAGCUUGUCACAUGAGUAACACUUAAAGGCACAGAGAUAGUCUGUGUUUCUCAGCCCUCUCCAAAAGUUUAAUGUACCCAUCUCAAGGGGAGCACUUUUCCCAUUUACUUCUUUACAUUACUUGCACUUACCUGCCAUGUUCCGGUUAUACAUUGUGUUAGUGAACACAAAAUCAUGCACUUUCCCUUUCCUUUCAUCACUCGAUACAUAUGCAUGCCUCUAAGCAUGCACACAGUCUUGAAGAAUACAGUCUCUGAAUUCACUGCAGUGGAACCUAACUACUCUUUAUUCCCAUUUAAAAAACACUGCAUCUUUGAAUGGAUGCUGGAAUUCUGGAAUACACCCACAGUCCCCCAGAUAAAUCUGAACAUAUAAAGUUGCCAAACUACUAACAAAGAAAAAAAAAA